GUAAACUUAUACGAGAAGCAACGAAGGUACUUAGACAAAGUUACAUGAUCAUAUUGAACGCGGCUGAUACAAUAGCCUGACGAGCAUCAAGAAGAUGCAGGCCUUUGUAAACAGCAACCUGCUGCAGGCCUGCCAACAGCGCAUUUACCCGACGCACUCGCAGCUGUACCGGAGUCUGGUCAAAGCAGCCAUGCCGCCAGUCGUGGAUCUAUUGUUGGCAAAGAACAAGGAGCGAACGCCAGCUGACAAGACAAGCACCUCUUCAACUGCAUCCAAGCCUGUUGUUUCUGCUCACGACAAAAGCAAGAGCCACGGUCCGUGUCGUCUGACGGUCAUUGACGCUGCGUGCGGCCAUGGAGAUCUGGCGCACGAGCUGGCGGCGCGAGCGGAGAACUACGCAGAUAAUAAAGAACACCUACAACUUGUUCAUUCGAUGAACGUAGAUAGCUACACCGGGAUAGAUUUUGACCCGGAUGCGGUCGCUGCCGCACAGGAGGCGGAGUAUGCAUUGCAAAAGUAUCGUACUAGUAUGAAUUGCAAUACAAAUUUCCUUAGCAUGAGAAAUGGAAUUUGUCAUGCGGAUUUGCCUCAAUAACAAGAUUUGUAAUGCAUAUGCAAGAGCAAGAGUUGCAUUUAUGCGAGUGCGAUACUUUUGCACAGCAUACGGAGCAAGAAAGAGCAUCAAAACAGGAGCAAACAAGGUCAACGUCACCGUUCCAAAACUUUCCGUGUCAAUUCCACCAGGGUGACGUGAGCCACAGUCGGUGUCUGCCGUUCCUCUGCACCAGCAGACCGGACGAGCAGGGGCAGCUAGAAAUACAACCAAGAUCAUGUGGCCGCGGGGUGUCCGACGACAGCCAUAGCCCAACUAGACACGGGUCGACAGAGGUUCUAAAGCGUGCCGCGUCGGUGGUUUCCCUUUUCGGUGCGCACUACCUAGAAGAAUACGCGUUGAAGAAGUUUGCGCUCCACAGUCGCGACGUGUUGCAGGAACUACAACAGAAGGCCGGGCAGGAUAUGGUGUUCUCAACUGUCGCGUUCUCAACUGUUACAUGACUUGGUGAUGCAAGAAUGGAAAAAGUGGACGGGGUGACCUUGCGUGCCUUGCAUGACGGAUGUGGAACAGAUUCUCAGCCUGUUUGGCCCUUUUAUGAGAUUGGAGGAGUUCGAUAGGAGUUCGUAAAGUCUGAAUUGUGAGAUCGUUUGUGUUCGGAAGUUCCAUGAGCGGGGGUCAAGCAUCCCGUUAUCACACUUGACCAUGAUCAUUUCACUGUUUUCGAACAGUUUUCCGGCGCCUUGCACCAUGCAAGCGCCUCUGAUCGCUCCCGCGCACGCGGUCGAGAAUCAGUCUAGUUUCAGCUCCCGCACUGCGGUCGAGAUGUUACUUAGCUCCUGCACCCGCAGUCGAGCUUGUGUCACACGGUGGCAGCGUUUCAAGUCCUCCCACUGGUGAGGCCAGCAACAGUUGCUGAGGAUGUGGCAGCGCGUCACUUCGAUGGAGUACAGUGUUCGCUCACGGAGUGGAACCCUCUUUUGUUUGCUUGCAGCGCUGUGCAGCCUGCAGUGGUCGAUCUUUGUUCCUAGAUCCCGCGUUAGCAGUACGCAGCAGUAGUUUCCACAAGAUGGUUCAGCUGUCGGCUCGUGAGCUAGCUCACGCUCAGCGGAUCAAAUCCGCAGCAGGCGAAGAAACCGCUCUGCACGCCCCGGCCUUCGCAGCGCUGGUCUUCGGAGGGAUGUCGCUGGCGGGCGUCGCCGACAUCCUGGAACAGCAUGCUGCGCUCGUGCACAGCAACACGGUCCGCUGCGCUUCGAUGAACUUCAACGUCGCAGCCACCGCGAUGCACACGGCCGAAAGCCAGCGUGCCGCCGAAGCGGACAGAGCUUGGAACCUGGUCAAGGAAUCUUCAAGAUCGACUAAGAACGCGCUGCUGGUACAAUGCUUGUGUUUCUGUUUGAUUGGUCAACCCGCAUGGGUGGUUUGAAUGCGAAUUCACCAUAAUAUUCUGAUCACAGGACACGGUGCGCGCUCUGAACCCGGAUGCCCCGGCCCACGAGCGGAUGCGCGAGCUUUUAUUCCAGAUGCCGGUAAUCACGAUGCCUCCGUUCGGCAACGCCAAAACCUGGAACCCGAUCUUCGUGGAGUGGUGCCGGGACGGAGCUCCCUGCCGUGGCGCCACGAAGGAGCUAGCGAGUGAUCAAGGGUUGAUUUCCGGUUAUGCGGAUAUUAUGAUUCCCCGCGACACCCCGCCGUCGCCGGGGCAGAGAAGCGAGCCAUAAGUUAUAUGCGCUCCGGUCAUGUAGACUUCGCAUUCGUUGAACAACCAGUCAUUAGCACAAGGUGCAUCGAACUUAUUCUGACCUGAAGUCACAUGUGACCUGUUUUUUCCGCGAAAGAAUCGAUCAGCUUCUACAACAUCAGCAUCCCGCAGGUCACAGCAGGACAAGGACCAAAAACCUUGUCUGUUUCCUCGAAGGAACGUUUGCCGCAACUCGACAAAGUUGUUCUAGCGCGAGUUUUGGGUACUGGCUACAUCACCUCUCCUGAGAGCUUCCAGAGAGUCAGAGUGUAGAGAGACUUCAGAGUGUGAGCAUGCAGAAGAUCCCCUGCUAGUAUGCGUCCGCGUCUGAAUCGUCUGUUGCUUCUAGGUGGUGUAAGUCCUAUUACAAAAACAUGCGGUAGAAUGGCUGUGCUUCUCUUUUGCGUCAUCUGCGACAGCGACACUGUCCCGGAAGCCGACGCGAAGUACCGAUGCAGCGCAUUGGUGAAUGCGGCAGGAGACCAGUGCAAAAGGUCGAUUUGCAAGACAUGUUUCACCAACGAUGGAGGUCCCCUGCUAGAGAAGGAGUUCGGCACCAUCGACUUGCUGGGAUCGACAUGCAAGUGCAACCGCUGUACCAGAGAAGAAUCAAGGAAAGAUUUAAAGGUGGUAGAGAAGCGCGUCGAGGAGCGCACUGGCGCGACGCAGCUGACCACGAGAAUCUGCGCCCGGUACAGCUGGUGCAGUAAGUUCUGUAGUAUGGACGAUGAAGAAAAGUUGUCGAGUUAUCAGAAACUCAAACAACCACCACUCCAGAAACAGCGUAAAUUAGAGAAAAAUUCUCAAAAUCAACUCAUGAUGAUCAUGGCGACGGCGCAAGCCCAAAAUUCAGUAGCCGCACAAGAGUACAUCGACCUAAAGAAUUUAUCCGAGCAGCAGAAGGUGUCCUGGGCGAAGUUGUUGUUACCGCCAAGCGGUUCCGCGGAGAAGUGCGAGUCGUACUUGACGAAUGUCAUCGCUUUAUUCCCCCACGACAACAUGUCCGUAGUGGCCAACUACUUGCUCUUCUUGAUCAAGCAUCUCAAAAAGAAGCAGACCGCAAGGCUCAAAAAAGGUGGCGACGUGCAAGACAACGAGUUACCACCGAAUCAAAAUUUUGGAAUUUACUAUUAUUUUAAAGACUUCUCGUCGAAGCUGAAAAACCGCUUUACGGCGGAUCCGUUGGACGAGGCCUUCUUUGUGAUGGAAUUUCAGGUAUGGGUUUGAGGGUUGUUGCAUCGUGCCACGCAUGACAAACACACAUGGGACAUUCGUAUCAAAUUCCAAAAUCCGCAUAACAGAAUUCCUUCACAAGCGCUUGUACGGACAACCUGUGCCGCCCACAGUGUUUAGAAAAGCUGUUACACACCGCGGGCACCUCCCUGAAGGAAGUCGGGUUCAGAGGACCGGGAGCACCAGCAGCAGGCUCCAGCACGGCAACGCAGAGCAGAAAGCAAACAAAAGCCGAGACAGAAGCCUGGAAUAAGAUAAAGCAAAUCUUCGAAGAAGCCCCGCUGACGACGUCGGGAGCGCGCGGAGCGUACGAGAGAGCCCGCUCGCAGAACGAAGAAUUGACGAAAAGCUACAUCAAGUGGUCCCAAACUUGCAUCAAUUGUUUUCUAUUGGGAAAAGGAGUUGGUAACAACCACCUCGACGGCAAGCCGGGCUUGAUUUCGUGUAAAGCAUCCAAAAAUCCCUGUGCGCUCGCAUGCUUAAACCCCGCGUGCAGUGGGAAAGCGCAUUGGAGAGAGGUACUAUUUGUUGUUUGUCAUGUAUCCGAUGAUAUUAGGCAUUUUGGGCUCUCUCUUAUCCCGCUCCUCAUCAUCCCCUCAGGACUGCGACGCCGAUGUCGUCUGCGCGGAGGUGACACCAGCUUUGAAGCACAUAAAGUCCAACGCCAAGGGCCAAGCCACACCGAAGGCGGGCGGCAAGGGGCAGAAUCCGAAGGGCGGGAAGAAAGGUGCUGGCAAGGGUGGAAAGAAUGGUGCACUGCCGGCGGCAGGCACCAAGUAAACAACAGUUUCGAGUGUUUUGUUGAAAGAGGCAGUCGCGAGUCUUUUUUGUAACAAGCCAGGUUUUUUGAAAACAGUGCGAUUGUGACACAGAAGUUUAUUGACACAGAGAUGCAAGGCAGUAAACGCCAGUUCGAGCGAAAGCUGUUCUAGACCGUGGGGACACUAUUAUGCAAGCUGCACUCUGAUGUUCGCGACCCAUGCAUCUGUACUGCGUUAGAUUCGAGGAUGAAUAAAUUUAUUGCAAAUGAAGCGAUAAAAGAUGCUCUCGGCGCCAAAGCGGAAGCCGAGAAGCUCGACAAGAUUAAGCGGUUACAAGUUGUUUCCGCGGACCUAAAAGCCGCCACGGAAACCCAGAAGCAGCAGCAACAAAGCCGCAAAAGGCCCGUAGCCCAGCUACCGCCUCCAUACUACCCGACGGGGAUCGAGUCCUCCUUGCAAGAUGCGAUCGAGACGGCGGAUUUCGAUUUAAAUUGGAAGAAGCAAGCGUUGGAGGAGCUGGGCAAGGACCACAAAGACCUCGAAGAACCAGCUGAUGCGCAUAAUUUCUCGACAACUUUGUUUAAGGUGACGGGCACCCACGAAGAUUUGGAAAGAAGAAAGGCGGUGGCGAGCAGCUCCUUAAAUGCGCUUUGCGAAGUACACGAUCUGGUCGACAGUGAGGACGAGUUGGAGCUAGUCGACAGCUACGAUUUCCACACCGCGGAUGAGGAAGACUGGUCCAAAAUCAUUCUGCAGAGCAGUGUGGAGGAGAAGGUCGUGGCUGCACAGCCAGCGGCAGCCAGCAGUUCGUCAGCCACGUCCUCAUCGUCCAGUAGUUCUUCGGCGUCGUCUUCUAGUGGCACGUCCGAUUCGCUCUGCCCGCUGAAGUCGGAAAAGAUAGUAGCAGGGAGAAGCGCAAUCGCCAUAAAGCUUCCGUCGACGCAAGCGAUAAAAGCCUUCUACAGCUCAGCGGCGACAACGGUAGCGGCAUCGAAGAGGUACGAACCGUACCGCAAGGACACAGUCUUCGCAGACAACUUCGAAAUUCGCUUCUCCGACGAAGAGAUCUUCGCGGGCUUUCCAGUGUCCGAGCAAUUGUCGGACGUGUUGGUCAAGGCGGCAGCAGAUCUGCAAGGGAAGUCGAUAAAAUCGGGCACGCACGGUACAUACGCCUCGAUGCUCAGGUCGGUCGUGCCACGAGUAUGCGCCGAAUUAGGUUUUUGCCUCUGGCCGCUCCAAACGGAGGCUGAGGUGUUGCUCUUCCUUGUGUGUUUCCAGACAUCCAGAGCAGUCCACAGGUCGUAUCUGCAUGAAGAGUCACAGCGGAUAAAGUGGAGCGCCUUUUUAACGCUGUCAGCCGCAAUAGGAGCAUACAACAGCUCCAGGCUCCAUCUAGCCGCGUUUAGAUUGCAUGAUGGGAGAUCCCCGUACCUGCAACGGAUCUGGAAAGCCUUAAAAAAGGAAGCGUAUCAUACGUCCCCCGGCCAUCACAAGUUCGCGCCGACUUUCAGCCAAGUAAUGCUUGGCCUCGAGCGGAUCGAGGCCUUCUGGACCUUGCACACCGGCCAUCUACGGUCUAGAACGGGCGACUAUUCAGAGACAGCCCUGCAGGAAUACAAGAACGGCUUGGAGCAUCUCCUGCGUUUGCAGAAAGCAGUCAUGGUAUAGUUUCGUGGAUUGCAUUUUAGGCCACAGUAAUGUCGCAUCAAAAACUCCUAUCCCUUCUUGGAUAUUUUUAUCUCGCUCAUUCAGGUCUUGAUCGCCUUCUUCGCAGUGCGGCGGAAUGCGGAGCUGUGGAGCCUGACAGCAAGCGACAUCAAGCCGAUAAGAGCAAAAGACGGCAGCAUGCAAUUCAGUGUAGAGGUGAAAAGAUCAAAGAUUGAUCAGCUAGGACUCGGUCACGAAGCCUUCCUACCGUCGGGCACGCCGGCCUAUCUAACGCAUGAGUACUCCAAGUACAUGUCCGCUUUCUACCUGCACCACACCAGCAAAGACUGGAAAGAUUCCGCCCCGUUUUUCCCCGUGAUCGGCGCGAACAAUUGCAGCACGAGAGCCGCGAAAAAGUCUUCGAAAGACGCUGUGAGGAAAGAUAUAAAAGCGUUCUUUACAGUAGAAACACCCCAUGUAGCGGUAGAUAGACCAAUCAGUCUGCGCAAGGCGGGUGCUAUUUACUUUACCACGUCUGAUCCAACGAGGAGAUUAGCAAUGUGGCAGGGUGGCUGGCGAAAUAGUUACAGUUUGGAUUUCCAUUACAGUCCUAUAGAUCCAGUUCAUCAGCGAAUCAUGGUUGACAAUCACUUUUCGAAAAACAUAACAAUCAAGAGGAACGAUGAGAAACUAGAAAGACUUGAUGUUGCAGUCGAAAAGGCAACGAGGUCGGGUAAGUCGUUACAGUUAGCUGCAAUUGUGAACGAGAUCAGAUGGACGAUGGUGAGCGCAGAAUCCUUGUCUGAAAAAGUACCACGUCUGUAUGAGCAGGCGCUGAACAACAAGCUCGACAGGGCGGUUUUUGGUCCGUUCCUUGACAUUGUACACAAAUUGAACGACACGUCGUUGCUGUAAAAACCGCACAUGAACUUAUUCGAAAUCAAUGUUUAGGAUGCCGGUGGACAAAGAGCUACAGUUAAAGCAGAAUUUGUUCCAGUUCUCUUUCGGCAUGCCAGUCGAUACGAAGGCAGUCUAUUAUCAGUUCGGUCAUGGGCAAACCGUCUUUCAGCUGCUUCGCAAAGAUGGAACGACGACGUCGUAUGUGUCUCCCUACCCAUUGAUCUUUGGGACAGCCACGGAGGACAAGACGGUCCUCGGCAUGAAAGUGAGAGAGACUGCUGAGGGCUAUCUGAUUUUUCAGGACGAAGAUUUUAUCAACGCCCCGGGUUCCAAGUCCACUGAUUGCUCGGAUUACGAACCACCGACGAAAAAGAAGAAGAUCUGAAAAUGAUGCGUGAUCUCGCGAUUCUCUCGUUGUCGGCGCUGGGCCUGGCGCUCCAGGGCAGUUGGAGCUUCAUCUCCAAGGGAGUCGCCAUCGGGUACGCGAUCCUACGCCAUACGGUGGCGGUGGUUACGGAGUUGCCGCGCAGAGUCGUCACGACACUGUGGGGCGACAACACUUACUGGCCGAGCACCUGGAUGUCCACGGACCGCGCGGUGGCGCACUGGGUCUACAUCAGUAUAAAUAAUAGUUGGGGUAAUGCACAUUUGCUCGAAUGACUCAUGAAAUCACCUGGUGUAUACAAAAACGACUCACAGCUAAAUUUUACACCACGACGGGCCUGCGCGUGGCGCUCUUGUACUUCCUCCUGCGCGAAGGGCAUAUUCACGCGGAAACGGCCACGGCAGCUGCACAAAUUUAUUUUGUGUUUCAAGCCGCAGAAAUGUGUCGGUAUAUUCAUGGCGAUCGAAAUUUAAGUUUUUAAUAAUGCGCAGACGGCAUGUCACGCACGAAGAUCAAAUGAGCCUUAUCUAUUCGUAAUGUGCGAUAAACUACAGCGCCGGCAGACGGCAGAUGGGCGGCGUGCUCGCUAUGCGCAACGUCAUUGUCCGCUUGGGACAACAAAUCGGUACGACCCUGCCGCAGCUGUUACAAAUCCUAGUCGACCAGAACGGAGUUUUGAACGACGAUCACGAUGAUCACACGAGCGAUGAUGAAAUGUUAACGGAAGAAGAAGAAUAAGUUAUACUAAGCUGAUGUCAAGUAUACUUGUUUGGAUUCUAGAUAGCACUUCUUCGUCUAAGUGUAUUAUCUUUUAAAGAUGGACAUACUUCAAGCAUUUACCAUCUGCUUAUCGCACCACAGGGACAAAUCUUUAGAUUUUACACUAACUGCAUUCACCACUUCCUUCUGCUGUCAUCAUGUCGACGUCGAUUCCACCGGUGCCGGCCAAGCUGGCCCACCUUGUUGAUUUAGAACACUUCAAACGUGUGAAUCUCACGAGUCUGAUGUCGCAUUUCAAAAUGGUGAUUGUGAAAAUCAAGGAUGAUGUGAAUCCGCCCUUCGCGGAAGUCAUCAAAACUUUUAAGGCUCUUUUCCUGCACCUCUUCAAGCACAAGAACGUGCAGAAACCUUUAUUAUUUGACUUGUUGUUUGAAUGUCUUGAACUCCUCGCGGAAACCAUGGAGUCGAAGACCCGAGCGUUGGAAAUCAUGCACGGUGCGGUGCACAACACGCGGAAAGCUCUGGGUGAGAUUUAUGAAUUUCCUUCGGCGGACGAGACGGCGCUCGGAAAGAAGUGGGUCUCCUUGCUGGGGCUCAUGGAUUUCUUGAGUACCAAGCAGGAGUUAGCGGCCGACGAGGGCGAGCCGGACCAGACGAAAGAAUUGAAGAAUUUCUUCAUCGAUGCCAUGUUGGCGAAGAAUCGCCGUGAGAGUCUGGAGCGCCGCAAGAGAGGUGAUGACUACACGGACCCAGCAGAUCACGAGUACAAGCGCAGGAACAUCCACGACGGGCUCCCGUAAGGUAGACGGUUGUGGGAUGCAUGCGAAUGUAGUUUGUACCUUGAGAUGCUCGCAUGUCUUCAUCGUCUCCUCCACGAGACGCUUGCAUGUCUUCAUCGUUUUCUCCACACUUUCAGGUGAGUGGCGAUUGUCGCAAACGAGAUUAUCCGUCGCUCGGAUGCUGGACGCGAGGUACUACAUGGUGGCGUCUUUUGCACGCAGGAUGAGAGUCAUAGAUUCAGGUAAAUUUGCAUCGAUCACAGCACGAGUAUGGAUUCAUGGCGGUCACAAGCACACUAUUCCCAUCGUAUUUUUCCACAGGUACGAUAGCCGUCAGCUUCGUCGCACCGAGGAAAGGCAGCAUUGAUGUUACCUCUAACGCUUGCGUAGAUCUGCUCAAGACUGUCUUUGCACUUGAAACCUUGUGGUGAUACAGCUGUAGAACUCUGGAAGAUUUAUCAAGUCAGUGUCGACAGAGAAGCCCGAGCACUCUUUGCACUCAUGUGACAGCAAGUUGUUCCGUCGGCUAGCACGAGCUUUUCGUGGCGCGAGCAGGCGCAGGUAGUUUAGUCGCCCGGCAUCAGUGAGGGUGAACCUUGAUUCUGCUUGCGCACAUGAGUGGAGAGUAGCUUUCCCAUAGAGUGAGCGACCUCUUCACCAAGAGAGAGCGCGAGAAGCGUAGUCUGAGGCAGGAUUAGCGUGACACUGCCCUCAGUAGAGUAAGUUGUAGCGUGAUUGUCCCACCGUUCAUCAAGAUGGGGAAAAGAGGUCGGCGAGGCAAGAAAAAGCCUGACUGGCAGCCUGGCGCACUCCCGCAGCCAGGCACGUGGCAGGACAACGCCCAAAACCAGCACGCGGGGGCAGAAGAAGUCUGGGUUGAUGACACCAGCGGAGACUACAACUACGAGGAUUGGUGGUUCAACGAAGAAGAUGGAGAUUGGCACCCGCCUCAAGCUGCGGACGAAGCAGCGGCAAGCGCGUCCGCCUCGUCUUCGUCAUGUGCGAGCACCUGGUACGAGAAGCAGAAUAAGCACCUGGCCGACGACAAUCACGAAGCUGUGCCGGAUGUGGGAUACGACCAGCACUGGUACGAUGAUGACCAGCAGGAUGAUUGGGAGCAAGAGCAGUGGUGGAUCGACGACGAGCAGUGGAUCGACGACCGCGAGACCACUCAUCAGGAGUACGAGGACAGCCAAAGCGGCGAGGUGGUAGAAAGGUCACAGCAGGACAAAGCUGACACAUUCACACAGCUGAAGCCGUCGUUGAAAAGGCCCGCUGCGGCCGCCGAGAUGGCAGGCAACGACGACGAGCCAAACUGGGAUGCGAUAAAUGCGUCAGUGGAUUUGCUGUCCUUGGCCGACGACGCAAGGGCGGCACCAGGCAGCACCCCGUGUGCGAAAAUCUCGACAAAGAAGCAGGUAAGCUUCACCACGCCGGCUUCAGUACAGCAGGUUCCGGAUUCCAGCCGCAAAGGCUCGUGGAAGAGAGCGAACACGAAUAGCCCACCGCCGAGUUCAGACGAUGAGGAACCUUUCGACGCGCGAAGCAACGGUAUGCCCGCUGUGGACGAUUUACCGGAUGGCGACGACCUUGCAGACUUAGACCUGUAUUGGAGCUUACAGAGCCUGAAUCCGUAUGGCUGGUACAAACCGGUCUCGGAUUACACGGUGGACGACUACAAGGCGAUAGGCUGCCCAGUCACGUGCGACGAGUUGUUGGCAUCACUAGCAGCGGAGCCAGGGCCGCAAGACGUCUACCGCGAGCUCGAGGACAUGCAAGCAGUCCGGGGACUGACGAUAUCACCGGAGCAGUGCAUCCGGUGGGGGAUGAAACCCGAUGUCCUCUUGAAAGCGAUGACGGGAGUCAAGUUUCAAGUGAUUGGCGACUUGCCCGAGCCACGCAUCUGCGGGAAUCAAACCGCAGCGAGAGAAAACGCGCAGACGUUCAACGCCGAGUUCAAACGCUUCGAAGACGGUGGCAAAAUAAUAGUCUACCCGGAAGGCGAAGAACCGCCGGGCCUGCUCCAAGUGCCAGGAACAGUAUUGUUCCAGCGCAACGACAAGAUCAGAGUAAUUUCCAACUUCUCCGAUAAGCAGGCGAAUCUCAACAAGGCGAUUUUUUCCACCGAGGUCGACUACGCCGACUUCUGGAAGCUGUUCGCCGUGUUGAAACCGUGGUCGAGGAUCAGCGGUUUAGACGCAAAGGAUAGCUUUUCCCAUUGGCUCGUGCAUCCAUCGUUCAGACGAUAUCUGGGCGUGAAGCUGGAAUGGACGGAGACUUACAAGGGAAAUCUUGCAAGUCAUCUUUUCUUGCCGUUUGGCAUAGGUUGUGCUCCUGGUGAUUAUCUUGUGAAAUGUCAGCAGAGAAGUCAGUGCUGUUUCGUUUUCAUCUAUGCCUGAGCAAAUGGGUACGAUUUGAUGCAAAGCAGAGUCAAGUCUCACAUUCUCGCUGACAUUUUACCCCGCAUAAGCAAAAUGAUGCUUUCAUCAAGGAAUGCCUCAACGUGUGCAAGAAAAACGGGGUAAAAGCGGCAGGGAUGCUCGAUUACGUGGAUGAUAUUCGGUUUGUCCAUGAUGAUGGACCAGAUGUCGAAAAAGAAGCAAACGAUGCACUCGACUGGACCAUCUACAUCCUCACGUUGCUCGGGGUGAAGUUGCAUCACAAACCGGGCAAGCUGCAGCGGCCGAGCACAACAAACAUCUGGUUGGGCUUUCACUUUGACACCGACCCCACAAAUUACUGCAUCGAGCUCGACCCGGAUAGGAGACUGGAUUACUGGCAGACGGUCAAGGAGUUUCUAGUCAAAGCAAGGGCGGGCAAGGUGUCGGCGAAGAAAAUAUUGAACUUCCAUCUCCUAGUGAUAACAAUAAUAAUUUGUCAUGCGCAGCAGCUUGGCCAUGUCGGUUCUGAUUGUAGCUUUGCAUGACAAAUCAUGUAACAGUUGAGAAUGUAACAUUUGAGAACGCCAUACAGGAAACCGCGACGACGACCGGGUCGCAAAUAAGUGGAGCUUCAUCUACAGCAGAAGAUCAAGAUGGUACUACUACUACUACACCAUCCUCGUCGUUAAUCCUGGCCCUUUGGAGCCCGGAUGUCUCUAAAAACUGCGUGUUGUCACAUUUCCUGACGGAAGUCAGUCCGCUGCUGGACCUGAACGUGCGCCACCACAAGCCCUUUUCCCGAAACUACUUUCCCCACCAUCGAAAAAAUACGGAGGCGGGGGCGCAGAGGGAGGUGCUUGAGGACCUGUUGCUCAAAAAGUUGGGGUACGCAAGCCUUGUUUGGUACGAUAAAACGUGGACAUUAGAAAAUCAGCAACCGUUGGAAGUCCGACACGAGGUAACCACGCCUGAACACCUGCAGGGCAUUUUGCAAACCGAGCGGACGUUCGGAGACAUUUCCGCGCUGCUACAGGCACAGACGCCCGAGGUUGAGGCGAAGGCCUGGGACUGCUUGCGUUUUGUGUGUGAAGGUUUAAUCAGGGAAAAGAACUGCUUCUUGCGCAAACCCUACGCUAUCGCGGAGGCCGUUGUGUGAAAUAAAUACACAUCUUCGUACUAGUUCUCUGCUGAUAUUGUGCCAACGCUACUAGUAUCAAGGAGACCUGCUCCAAAGUCGAAUCGGCGGGGAAUUCUUCUGUCGUAG